AUGGCAAUAGCAGCCCCUGGGCAGCUUAAUCUCAACGAGGUGCCUUCAUGGGGUUCAAGAAGCGUGGACUGCUUCGAGAAAUUGGAGCAAAUUGGCGAGGGAACCUAUGGUCAAGUUUACAUGGCUAGAGAAAUAAAGACGGGAGAAAUUGUUGCUUUGAAGAAAAUACGAAUGGACAAUGAGAGAGAGGGGUUCCCCAUAACUGCCAUACGGGAAAUCAAGAUUCUAAAGAAGCUGCAUCAUGAGAAUGUCAUCAAUUUGAAAGAGAUUGUGACAUCUCCAGGGCCAGAGAAGGAUGAGCAAGGUAGACCAGAUGGUAACAAGUAUAAAGGUGGCAUCUAUAUGGUCUUUGAAUACAUGGACCAUGAUUUGACAGGCCUAGCUGAUCGACCUGGGAUGAGAUUUUCGGUUCCUCAGAUUAAGUGCUACAUGAGACAACUUUUGACGGGCCUUCACUAUUGUCAUGUGAAUCAAGUACUUCACCGUGAUAUUAAAGGCUCUAAUCUUCUUAUAGACAAUGAAGGUAAUCUGAAGCUUGCAGAUUUUGGGCUCGCCCGUUCAUUUUCAAACGAUCACAAUGCCAAUCUUACAAAUCGUGUUAUUACUCUUUGGUACAGACCUCCAGAAUUGCUUCUUGGGGCUACUAAGUAUGGCCCAGCUGUAGAUAUGUGGUCGGUUGGGUGUAUCUUUGCUGAGCUUCUACAUGGCAAGCCAAUCUUUCCCGGGAAAGAUGAGCCGGAACAAUUAAAUAAAAUUUUUGAGCUGUGUGGAGCUCCAGAUGAGGUCAACUGGCCCGGAGUUUCAAAGAUUCCUUGGUAUAACAACUUCAAGCCAACAAGGCCAAUGAAGAGACGUCUCAGGGAGGUUUUUAGACAUUUUGACCGCCAUGCUUUGGAGUUAUUGGAGAGAAUGUUGACACUUGAUCCUUCUCAGAGAAUAUCUGCUAAGGAUGCUCUUGAUGCUGAGUACUUCUGGACUGAUCCAUUACCUUGUGAUCCGAAGAGUUUACCAAAAUAUGAAUCAUCACAUGAGUUCCAGACAAAGAAAAAACGUCAGCAGCAACGGCAACAUGAAGAAAAUGCAAAACGUCAGAAACUGCAGCACCCACAGCAUAAUCGCCUCCCACCGAUUCAGCAAUCUGGCCAAGCACAUUCCCAAAUGCGGCCUGGACCUAGCCAGCCCAUCCAUGGUUCUCACCCCCCAGCUGCUGCAGGGCCUAGCCAUCAUUAUGGGAAACCCCGCGGGCCCUCUGGAGGGCCAAGCAGAUACCCACCUGGUGGAAACCCUGGUGGUGGAUACAACCAUCCAAAUAGGGGUGGUCAAGGGGGUGGAGGUGGGUACAGUAGCGGCCCAUAUCCUACACAAGGGAGAGGUGGGCCAUAUGGUUCUAGUGGCAUGCCUGGUGCAGGUCCUCGGGGUGGAGGUAGUGGUUAUGGAGUAGGUGGUCCAAACUAUCCUCAAAAUGGCCCAUAUGGUGGCUCCACUGCUGGUCGGGGCUCAAACAUGAUGGGUGGAAACCGCAAUCAACAGUAUGGUUGGCAGCAGUAA